UUUGUCUUUAAAUUGAGGAAACAGAAUAUUUCAUUAUUUGUCAACACCGGUUGAAAUUUAUAUUUAAGACAAUGUUCAGCCGUUAACAAGGAAGGUUGAAUUAUAUUGAGCUAAUCUAAAAUGGCUCUUUCAACUAGUCAGUCUAAUGACGUGAUCCAGUGCGCUAGUCAAGGUUCCCUGCAGAUAACAGACUUACCAGAGGAAAUUCUGGAGUUCAUCCUGCUUCAUUUGUCGCCGUACAGAGAUUUAAAAUGUGCCAUGCUGGUAAACCGACAGUGGCAUCGGCUUGUUCAAGGUAGACACAUAAUUUUUAAUGUUGCCAAGACCGAUUUGUGUAACAUUCAAUGUUAAACAAUGUUACAUAGUGAUUGUACCCUACUUUUAAAAAAAAAAUUGCAGCAGAAUCUCCUGAUUCUAAUGGAACUAAAUUUCUUUCUACUGAUGUGGAGACUUGUAGAAUAUGAUUUUUUUUCAGGCUGCUCGAUUUUUCUCUGAGUUGCAUAUCUACAAACCGGAACAGAAUCGCUGGUACCAUCUGAACUCCAUGUCCCCGGUCAGCCCCGCCCCCACAGCAGGUCACUCUGCGUCCAUAGUGGGGGACAGCAUGGUGGUGUUUGGGGGGUCUCAUGUUCCUGGAACAGGAAAUAAUGAAGUUUGGGAGUUUAAUUUUAUUGAUAUGACUUGGCAGAGGAAGCACACUAGUAAUAAAAGACCAAACCCACGUUACGGGCAAACUCAGGUGACCUUGGAUGAGAAUCAUAUUCUGGUGGUUGGAGGAUGCGGGGGGCCCAAUCAGAUUUUCAACGACCUUUGGUUGCUAUGCAUGGACACUGACCCCUGGAGAUGGGAGGAAGUGACCAUUAAGCAACCGGAGUUCUCUGCCCCUCAGUUGUGGUGUCACCCAGCAUGCAAGGUGAAUGAUAAAUUGAUUGUGCUGAGUAAACCCACGAAACCUCUUCGACCCCAGACCUCGGAUCCCCGAAGACCUACCAGUUAUGCCUACAGAAAUAACAAAAUCUGGGUCCCCCCACGAGAAUCGCCCAGGGAACCAGGGGCCCCUGCCAGUGCCUCAAGACAAGUCGGUGCUACUUUCAAGCGACCUGUCUCUGAAAGUGAUGAUAGCUCAAGCGCUGAUGAUGAUGAGAACUCAGUCCAGAGGUCAGAGAGGAAUCAUUUAGAGUUCAAACAUCCAGGUGAUGUGGUGAGAGGUCGAGGUCAGGGACUGUCUCCGAAGAGAUCGCCUGUGUCUCACAGCCGUCUUCAGAAUCACAGUUACAUCACCGACUCAGACGCUCCUGGGCCGUCCAUGCAAGCCUUCAGCACCGGUGACUCGCGUCCCGGGGUGCUGGGGGGACGUCAGAAUGCUGCCAAAAAUCGUGAAAAGCAGCUGGAAGCUCUGCGAAAGUUUGAAGAGAGACUGAGGGAGAGUUUGGCAAGACAGUCAGGGUCUCAGAGUCAAGGUCAACCAAGCCAGGACGACACGAGAAAAACUCGUCUGAGGGAACUACGAACGCCUAUUCACUUACAUGUGCUGGACAUCACUGAUAUUGUGCAAUCUCGUACUGCUACGUGGCAGUCAGUGAAAGAGAACCCCUCUCUGGAGGCCCCCGAGGAGACUAUAUUCUACUCGCUGGUGGAAGGGCGCGGAGAACUGGUGAUGUUUGGGGGGAUACAGCGAGACAUUCAGUCCAUGCAGAGAGGAAUGGACGUCAAAUCUCAUGUGGUCAGCAACAACUUGUACAUCGUGUCUCCUCCCAGACUCUCGUUAUGAUGAACAUUGAAUGUGUCAACUUCAGAAGCUGUAGGAGGAGAUUGUGUCUGCAGUUUGGCACUGCCACAGAAGAUCCACCUUUGUAUUGUGUAGUAUUACUAAGGAACGUUAAGACUCAGCGAUUCUGUGUAAAUGAUUCUUACAAAUAGAUUUUGUAUUACUAAUUACAGUCAACCACGGUUACAGUAAACACAUUUAUAAUGAAUUCACGCUUACAGUCAAACACGGUUACAGUGAACACACUCUCGAGGACGACAGGUUUACAGGCCGACCGAGACGUUGACCAAGGCCGACUUAUAAUGAAUUCAUGCUUACCGUAAAACAUGGUUACAGUAAACACAUUCAUAAUGAAUUGACGCUUACAGUCAAACACAGUUACUGUGAACACACUUAUAAGGAAUUCUUGCUUACAGUAAAAUGCAGUUACAGUGAACACAUUCAUAAAGAAUACACACUUACAGCGACAUGAUUUUCUUUCCCUGUCGUUUUAUUGCAUAUUAAUAUGAACUUAUUGGAUAUAACGCAUUACAUUUAUAAUGAAUCAAAUUUGUUCAACCCCAGUACUUCGCUAUAGAAAGCAUAUUUCACUGUAUUUCUCAGGAUUUUUUUUUUUUUUAUUUUGUUUUGCAAUAGCUGGGCUAGGCUGCGUAUUGCAUAGUUACAUUGGGAGCUGUGGAAAAUGUCUCAGAGUAUGUGUUUGGUUAACUAGAUACCUCAUCUUUCUGCAUUGAAAACACUGUAUAUUUUCUCUGGGUUUUUUCCCUGUCUUUUAUAAAGUCAUUAAGAUUUUACCUGCCAGUGUAUUAAAUGAGAGAUGAUCCCUCGUUGUCGUGGAAGAUUUUGUACAACAAAUUUGACAGUAAGAUUGUUUAAGGAACUUCAUGUUAUAUUUAAUUGCAGUAUAAAUGUUAAAUAAAAAGUAAUGAAUCAUACAAAA